AUGGAGGCCUGGGACAGUGGGCUGGACGACGACAACGACGAUAACGACCAGCGGCAGCUGCAGCAGCAGCACGGCGGCGAGGGUGCCCUCAUUGCAGGCCUCAGCGGGUCUCCUGCCCUUCACCAUCAGCAUGAGGUGAAGGAGGAGGCUGGCCAGCAGCAGCUCGAAGAAGAGGACCCGCUGCUGCAGCCCCCGCACCACGAGGAACCGGAAAAGGAAAAGGAAAAGGAAGAGGAGGAGGAGGAGGACAACAACAAUGAAGACAAAGAUGAGGAAGAGGAAGAGGAAAAGGAAGAGGCCCUGCAGCUGCUGCAGGUGGGUACGGCACCAGUAGCAGCAGCAGCAGCACGAGGUGGCCGGGGCGUAGACGCACCACCGCCGUCACCGCCGCCCGUGGCGGUCGUGGGAGGCACUGCACCGGCCGCGGCAGCAGAGGAGGGCAUCGCGUCGGACGAGGGCGGAGCCACGGGGGACGCUGCCGCUCCCGUCCCCGCCACCAGCGGCGGCGGCAGCAGCACGACGUCGUUCAUCGAUAGCGUGGGUCCCACCAAACUGGCCCACGUGCUGGCCCAGGCGCGCGCACAGAGGGCCACCCUCCUCUCCCUCACCGGGUGCCUGGUGGCCGAGCAGGGUGGCGUGGUGCCCAGCCAGCUGUGUGAGCUGUCGUCGCUGACCCGACUGCACCUGGCCAAGAACCACCUCACCGCCCUCCCGCCCCUGUUCGGCCUCCUCUCCAACCUCGUCGAGCUGGACGUGUCGGAGAACCGGCUGGCCGAGUUGCCGUCGUCGUUCUCGCGGCUGUCGUCGCUCGAGGUGCUCAACCUGGGCAUGAACGAGCUCGCGGGGCUGCCGCCGGAGGUGGGCGACCUGAGCAGCCUGCGGGUGCUCAACCUCUCCUUCAACCGCCUCGCGGCGCUCCCCACGUGGCCGCUGGGGGCCUCGCUCACGGCCCUGGUGGACCUCGACCUCUCGGCCAACGCCCUCACGGCCCUACCCCCGGCCCUCCCGCCCACCCUCACCUCGCUCCACCUCACCGACAACCGGCUCACCGCCCUCCCCGACGACUUUGGCCUCCACGUGCCCGUCCUCCGUCGUCUCGCUCUCGCCCGCAACGCCCUCUCCGCCCUCCCCGCCUCCUUCCCGCGCCUCACCCGCCUCCGGCAGCUCGACCUCCGCGACAACCGCCUCGCGUCCCUCCCCCACGACGCACACCUGCUUGCCAAGCUCAAGGUGCUGUUCCUGGAGGGCAAUCCCCUGCGCAUCCCGGUGCCCCAUCUGCCGGAGGGCACGCACCGCUCCUUCGCCACCAACCCGUCGGCCAUCCACGCCUACCUCUCCCUCUACCAAUACGGGGAGGGAGCUGCUGGGGAAGACGAACACACCCAGCGCAUGAACCGGGAAAACGCGCGGCAGAGCCUCGAACGCAUGUUCACGAAUAUCGAUCCCGAGGUCAUUAGCAGCGUGCUGGAGGCCUGUGAGGGAAGUGCCAAUUCGGCCAUCGAGUUUCUUCUCUCCAUCAGCGAGACCCCGGCGAUCAGCGCCGCUGCGGGGAGCGGCAUCUCUCCAGCGGAAACCGGCGCCGCCUCGUCCCCCUCUGCACCGGGGCCGGCCUUCUCGUUCAGUUCCCUCCUGCAGGCCAUCGAAGAAAAAAUCGACGAGAAGAUCAUCGGCGACGACGCGAGCAGGAAGGCCCGCGACAGAAGCAGCAGUAUGUUCACCAAAGUGCUCAACACCAUCAAGGACAAGAUCAACGAGAACCAGCAGCUCGACCCGGCCAGGGAUUCCGACGACCUGCCCACCCCCGUUCCCAUCACCCCAGAGCUCAUGGCGCACCGGGCAGCCCGUGCGCGGGUGCCCGGGGGACGUCUGUCGCAGUCGUCCACCAACAAUUUCCUCGUCUACGAGAAAGAGAACAACCGGAUGCUGCGCGCGCUUUGCUCGCGACCCGAGUUCCGGGAUCUGCUGAACCUAACCCUGCUGGUGCCGCAAGACAUCGUGCUCGAUGGCGUCGCCAUCACGCGGGAUCUCCUGCAGACGCACAUCGUGCAGUGGGAAGGCACGUAUGAGCAAUCGCCCCUCUUCUCGUCCCUGAACGACAUCAUGGGCUCCCUCUCGCCCGACAUGCAGUCCAUCAUCCUCUCGCUCUCCGGAGAAGGGAGCCGCAAGACGGCUGACAUUCUGCGCGAGGGCCAGAUGGAGUUUGAGGACAUCGACUACGACGUGCCCCUGCUCCUCAUAUCCUCCCCGCUGGGCCAUGUCGACGUCCUCGCCGCUGCCGCCGCGCCCACGUCGCCGUCCUCGCCCGACCACGCCCAUCCGGAGGCUACUUCGCCAUCAUCUCCCUUUCCUAGUGGCGAGGCAGCCGGAUCACGCGACAGCGAAGUCAUGGCGGGUCGCGUGUACUCGAGCACAGCGCAGUUUGAUCUCCGCCUGGCAGCGCCGCUGUCCCUCGACGCCUUCCUCACCAAGCUGCACGACAAGAACACCCGCCAGCUGCGCAUCACCAUCGAGAGUUUCGCUCGCUCUAUCCAGAAGAGGAAGCUGGGCACCGACGACAAGGAGCAGAUCCUCUCCUUUCUCAGCCGGACGCGGCAAGCGAUCCUUAGCCACCCCCUGUGGCGAGGCAUCUCGGCCAAGGAGGCCGACUACACGGCCCAGGCACUUGAGGCGGUCGUGUACACCAAAAUUUACAAGAGCAUAUUCCUGUCGGCGUCGGAUCAGGAGAGGGACCGCAUGCUGACGGAGAAGAUGAAGAAGCUGGCCUUUGUCACCCCGGACAUGCUCGGCAUUCCUCCCCGAUUUUGCAAAAAGCGCAUGUGGGCCGCCGCCGAGAGAGAACUGCUGAUGAUGAACUCCGUGUGCUCUCCGACCGAGAAGCUCCGGGCUCUCCUCAAUGCCUGCCGACUCAUCAUCGAGCUGCUCAAAUCGCUGGAUAACACGGCGGGUGCCGACGACUUCCUGCCCCACCUGUGCAUGGUGGUGCUCCGUGCCUAUCCGCCCCAUCUGCACUCCAACGUCAGGUUCAUUGCGCGGUACACGGCGCCGGAGAUUCUCGCGGGGGAGACGCUCUACUACUACACCCAGCUGGUGUCCGUCAUUUCCUUCGUGGAGAACAUCGAUGGCUCCCACCUCAACAUGCAACCGCAGGACUAUGCUCGACUCUACGACGGGGGCGGAGACCGCAGCACCCAUCCAUCACAACUCCCUCGCCCGCACCAUGACGCCAGCCAGGCUGCCGCCACGGGCUCCCUCGCGCUCCUCCGUCCUCAGCGCGUGGGCGCGAGUGUGCACUCCCGGGAGCACACUCGCUUUUUGACAGCGUCCCUCGAGGACUUGCGGUACAGCGACGUCCCGCAGUUGCUGGCCGCAUACAAGGCCCUCGCUGCUGCUGCUGCUGCUGCGCCUUCCCCGCCGCCGGGGACUGCGACUGAGCAAGCUGCCGACGUGGCCGAGAACGCCGGGUCGUCAGAGGGCGAGUCCCUCGUGGUGGUGAAAGUGAGGUGCGCUGGCGCCGAGGAGAACGGCAAGCUCUUUCGCAUGGUGUCUUUCUCUCCGCGUGCCGGCAUAGAAGGCCUGCGCGCUGCCAUCGCGGGGCGAUUGGCACAGAAGCCAGAAGGGGACGAUCAAGCCGGCCUGGCGCAACCAGUUGUGGGUAAAAUCGUGCUCCUGCCCGAUGUUGCCCUGGAGUGCAGUGCUGAUGUGCUGCUCCUCCAACCUGGCGACUGCUUGGAAGUCACCUUGUCCAUAUAA